AUGGAGAAGGUCCCUGGUAUCACCUACAUCGAAGCGUCUCUGGCAAGUCUUCGUUGUCCGGCAUGGCAAGAACGGACAGUCGCGGAUCUUGCAAGACUCGAUACGCUGGCGCAACGGCUCCCUCCGCGUUUCCACCGCGCCAUUGCUGAUCUUCGUGGCGAACUGCCUAUCAUCUUUGGGCCAUCGUAUCCAUUGGUUCUGGGCCAUGGGGACCUCUGCGAGAUGAACAUUCUCGUCGAUCCAGAGGCCGGGGGCAUCACGGGGAUCAUUGACUGGGCAGAGGCGAUGAUCUUGCCGUUUGGGAUGUCGCUGUGGGGGCUGUUGAGUAUGCUAGGGACGAUGGACUCUCAGGGCUGGCAUUAUCAUGCUAAUGCGUCCCAGCUGGAGAGCGUCUUCUGGGAAAUAUUUUACGAAAAUGCGGGACAGGUUUCUGCUGGUGAUAAGCGUGCUAUCAUCGUCGCGGAGAGGGCUGGGCUGCUCCUUCGUUAUGGAUUUACUUGGGAGAAUGGUCUCCAUGAGAGGCCGGUGACUGAGCGAGACUCUUCGUUCGGGUAUUUGGAUGCGUUUUUACCCCGGUUGCAGGGCUAG